AUGUCCGGGAACAGGAAAUGUGACGUUGCCACCAACUUAACGCUUAACCUUUAUCAAUUCUUAAAAAUUACAUUCGUUAGUAGAAUAGUUGUAGCUUGUGUCGACUGUGUAAAUCCACGUACUGGCGUGUCUGACUGUCCAAGAUUGGCGUAUCUCUGUAAUAACUCAGUUUACUACACGCUGAUGACGCAACAGUGUCCCAGAACUUGUAACAGAUGUCCGGGAACGUUAAAUACGACGUCAACUUCACCCACGGCUUCAAGUUGUCGGGAUCUCGUUAAUCCCACUACAGCAGUCUCUGAUUGCCCGCGAAUGGCCAGCUUUUGCACGAACACGGCAUAUUUGACGUUGAUGAGGCAACAAUGUCCAAAGACCUGCGGAUACUGUGUUUGA